CAAGCUCGAAACAGUCAUACUUCUGAGUUCUCGGUGUCCACUACCAAAAGCUAGCAAAGCGUCAAAAUAUGGAGUUAUUAGUAAUUCUUGGUAUUCUGGUGUUGUGUUUUGUUUAUUAUUCCCAUAGGAAGCGCCAAAACAUGAUAGACUACUUUGCCAAGAAGCGCAUUCCCUUCGAUGAGCCGAGAUCUGGAUUUGCAUUCCUAAAAUCUGUGUUAACUGGCAGCAUAGUUGAAGUUCUCAAGAGAAUGUACCAAAGUAGACCCAAUGAAAAACUUUUCGGUUUCUACAACCGCGCUAUUCCAGGAUAUUUUCUACGCGACCCGACAGUCAUAAAGAAGAUUGCCAUCAAAGACUUCGAUUAUUUUGUCGACCAUCGCGCUCUUUUGAACCCUGAUCAUGACACACUUUUCGGGAAUAUGCUGGUAGUACUCAGGGGGCAAAAGUGGAGAGAUAUGCGAUCAGCACUAUCUCCAGCAUUCACCGGCAAUAAAAUGCGUCUAAUGUUUGAGCUAGUGUCACAAUGCGGCAUGCAAUUUGCACAAUUCUGCGAAGACGAAUGCACCAAAAACGGACCUCGAGUGUACGAUAUGAAGGAGAUAUUCUCGAAAUUUACUAAUGACGUAAUUGCAUCCUGCGCUUUUGGUAUCCACUGUGACUCACUUCGAGAUUCGGGAAAUAGUUUUUUCCAAAUGGGAAAGAAGUUCCUGGAUUUCUAUAGUCUGCGCGCAAUGUUCAAGUUCCUUACCAUCCUGUACACUCCGAAAAUAGCCAGAUAUUUCGAUAUAACCUUCUUUAACAAUGAGAGUAAAAGAUUGUUUGUUGAUAUAAUCACGAAAAACAUGGAAACCCGUGAGAGAGAAAACAUCAUUCGUCCUGACAUGAUACACUUACUAAUGCAAUUAAAGAAAGGUCAACUGAAGGAAACAUCAGCUAACACAACAGAAGAUAGCAUCGGUGCAGCUGAAGAAUUUUCAAUUAAAAACGCAAAGGUUAAACAAGCGUGGACAGACGAGGAGUUGAUUCCGCAGUGUUUUAUAUUCUUCCUUGCAGGGUUCGAUACCACUUCAACGUUGAUGGCCUUUACAGCAUACGAACUAGCCGUAAAUCAGGACGUACAAACUAAACUUUACAAUGAAAUCAAUGAAGUGAAUAACGAACUCAAUGGACUUCCUCUUGCCUAUGAACAUAUCCAAAGGAUGAAGUAUCUUGACAUGGUUAUUGCGGAAGCACUCCGAAAGUGGCCGCCAAGUGUUUUCACUGACCGGGUCUGUGUGAAAGAUUAUCAAUAUAAGGACGAAGAAAAUGAUUUAGAUUUCACAAUUGAGGAAGGAUCUAUCGUAUGGAUUCCCAUACUUCCUCUCCAUAGAGAUGAAAAAUAUUUCCCUAAUCCAGAAAAAUUCGACCCAGAACGAUUCAGCGAUGAAAAUAAAUCAAAUAUUAAUUUUGGUGCAUAUAUACCUUUCGGUGCGGGACCCAGGAACUGCAUUGGAUCAAGAUUUGCAUUGAUGGAGGCAAAGGUUAUACUAUUUCAUUUACUUUCAAAAUUCUCCAUUGACGUUUGCCAUGAAACGCAAGUACCACUAAAAUUGAAGAGGACUUUUGUUGGCAUAGUGCCGGAAACCAUCAAGCUUACGCUGCAGCCACGGAAUCAUGAAACCUAACCGUUUUAAACACUGAAAAAUCUGUUUUCUCCAAUAAAAACCUGGA